CUCCGGGAGUUUAUCAUUAGGUGGGAGAAGGAGGCUAGGGACGUCCAGUGGGCAGACGACCAGGCCUUGAUCGCCAUGCUCCAAGCGGCACUCCCUCAAGGGGUUGUGCGCAAGGAGUUGCGACAAAAUCCGCUCUCGACCUACCAAGAGAUCCUAGCCAGGGCAAAGUAUCUGGCGUUGGAAGAAGAAGAUGACGAGCCACCCGUCCGGAAGGAGAAGAAGAGUGGACAGCCAGUGACAGAAGGAAGAAAGAGGAAGAAUUUUAGUAGGGGACCGAACCCUAUAGGAUAUCAGGCGAGCAGACAGCCUGACCAUUCGGUACAGUCUGUACCAGCACCUCCCCGCAGUCGGGAAAGCUAUAGUGUCCAAGACGCGCCCAAGUACUGUGAGUACCAUCGUAACAGCACCCACAACACGUCGAAGUGCGUUAACCUGAAGAAGGAAAUGGACCAGCUGAUUGCCAGAGGACCGCCUCCUCGGCCGGAGCGGCCAGCACCACGGAACUGGACAUGGAGGAGGCCGGCGGCCGCCGCCGUAGCGAUCAUCGCAGGGGAAGGGCAGGAGGACAGAAGGCCACCGCUGCCCAAGUGGAAGAAGAAGGAACCGUUGAUCUUCACAGAUGAAGAUUACCCGCCAGUUCUCAGCCCCUAUCGAGACGCACUGGUGAUAAAGGUGGAGAUCAAUAACGUGGUCGUCCAUCGCAUGAUGGUCGGAUUCACGGGGGACACCAUAGAAGCAGAAGGAACCAUCACGGUGAAGACUGGGGUAGGAGAUGGAACCCACCGGCUCUGGCUUGACAUGGAAUUUAUGGUAGUGCAGCUUGACUGUGCACACCAUUUGAUCCUAGGGCGACCGGGUCUGGAGGACUUGGAGUGCAUAAUCUCCCCCGUCCACCUGUGUAUGAAGUUUGGCACCCCCACCGGGGUAGGAGUUGCUAGAGGAAAUCAGAGUUUGUCUCGGUCGUGCUAUGUCAGGGCGACCAAGAGCCAGGCAUGGGUCGAUGAGAAUGUCAGCAUGAUCUGCGCUGUAGUGCAGAAGGAAGAGGGCCGACCCAGGGCAGAGCCGGAGGAGGAGGUAGAAGAAGUCGCCUUGGACCCAGCCAAGCCGGAGCAAAAGGUGAAGGUAGGUAAGACCCUAUCACUUAGGCUGAAGGAACAGUUGAUGGAUGUCCUCCGAUCAUUCAAAGUGUUAUUUGCUUGGGGUCCAGAGGAUAUGCCCGGGGUUGACCCACGAAUCAUAUGCCACAAGUUAGCAAUAGAUCCGGCCCACAAGCCGCUCAAACAGAAGAAGCGUUUUCUUUCCUCGGAGAGGAGAGACUUUGUCACUAAGCAAGUGACAACCCUGCAGUCCAUCGGGCAUAUCCGGAAAGUCCGCUACCCGCAACGUUGGGAAGAACCCCCUGCUUUUCUUGCCUUAGCUGUUCCUGGGGCCUUUUUGCUCCCUCGGCAUUGCCAUGUUCUUCGCGAGUCCCCCGGUCACCCAGGAGACCGUUGGAUCUCAUGUUCUGGGACUUAGCCGUUUCUAAGGCUUUUUCGCCGCGGCAUCGCCCCACUCUAUAGGGCAUGUUAUCCUACCGGUCGCUCUAGUGACUGUAGAUCAAGCACCCACCGAUAGCCUUUGGACUUGGUUACUAACUGGGUUCAGCACUUUAUCCCUUGAUGGGUAUCUUAGUGCGAAUCACCAUGUAGUUUCUAUUAGCAAUCUCUUUGGUUGCUUCUUUUUUAUAUAAUGAAAUUUGAGAAGGGAU